GGACGCCAUCGUGAUCUGCGUUCUUGCAGCUAUACGUGGUGUCCACUUGGUUCAGUAGCUGCUGUUGUGAUUAAAUAGCCGGAUCCGCGUCUGUUUGACCAACGACAGAGCAGCUUUAAAUCCCGUUCUGUACGCGAACGACAGUCGUGUCCGGGACCCUUCUUGCACGUGAACAGCAAACUUUGGUACAGAGUCCCCCGCAUUUGUGAUCGGCAUGGUGCUGGGACCAAACGUGCCUAAUAAUUGUUUUCAUGUCCCCCAUCCUCGAUAUCGUUACUCAGCACUGCCACGUGCAGCGGCCCCGGAUUUGGACAUGGAGAACACUGAGGAGGAUCCGCAGUACAGCUCAAACGGCGACGCUGGCCAACCACCACCGGCUCCACCCGCAGGGGCCGUUGGCGCGACCACACGACGCCGGGCUCGAAAGGCGUGCGACAGGUGCAACGCAUCUCGUGCCCGAUGUGAUGCUGCACAACCGUGUGGUUGAUGCAAAGAAUUGUCGGCGGAUUGUACCUACGAGCGUCAGAGUGGUCGCCGAGGAAGACCACGGCGAACAGCCGUCGGUCUGAUAUUACCCCAAUGCUUCCCAGCAGAGGCUCAGGCAGCGCUGGUCCGUACAAGUGGUACUGACUAUGAUCUUUCAAAUGGCUACCAACCCGGGACGGAAGGCAACUCGACACCACAUCAGGCCAAUUUCUCCACGCAGGAACCAUGUCAGCGACUCAGUGGCAUGGACUGUACCACUCCUUUUAUCGGCAUGCCGGAAUGGCUGAUGGAUGCCUGGGCUGCUGAGCCCUGGGGAACCAUGGAUGGUAAUUGGAGCCACUCUGGUGGGCAAGUGACAGAGCCGGACAUGCCGGACGCGCAUCUACAGUGCCUAGAUGUUCACUCCUCGAAUUUAUCGUAUGUGUCGAACAAUGCCGACCACGCUACUAUUUCUGCAUCCUCGUCGAGCCUGAGAUAUCCAGUCUUGGCACCUGUCAUUCCUCAUCUCCGACCUCACAUCUCUUCCAACCUUGCUUGCGACUUGCUGGACGCAUACUUCAAAGACCAUCCUGAACAGCCUCACGUUCCGGCAUCGCCAAUCCUCCUCACCCAUGUCUUUCGCAAAUCAGUGUUCCUUACGCACGCGGAACCACGAUCGUGCACUCCGGCGUUACUUUGCAGCAUGUUGCUAGUCGCUGCAGUCACGACUGAAGCUCCCUUCUUCGGCGCUUCGCCCACGGCGCGAGCGCGGCUCCUGGAUCGUUUGCUCACCACCACGAUCAACCUGUCUCGUUCCCCAGGCUCCAGUGGAGCAACACAGCAGGCUAGUCCUGGAGAUAGCGCUUCUCCGCGACAAUAUGGCAGACGUCGCUUUGUGGAUGAGGUCGCUACUUACCUCCACUUGGCACUUGCUUCGAUGGUGACUGAAGUUGGGUCUUUCGCGUCGAUUUGGUGGCGCACGGCAUUUCAACUCGCCAAAGAGUAUCGACUAAAUGCAGACAUAGCAUGCCGCCACCAGGGCGCGACUACCACUGCGACUGGCCGUUCAAGAUGUCCCACCUCAAGUGCUUCAGGACAAUGUGAUAGCCCCUACGAUGGUCCGCGCAGUCAGCCGGCCGGCGAGGAGGAUCCGACACUCGACAUUGAAGGAGCCAUUGUAGUCGAUAGGAAAGACUAUCGCUUUCUAAACGCGUCCCCAGAGGAGAUGGAAGAGCGAAGGCGGAUCUGGUGGACUCUCUUCGUCUGGGAUAAGCAAGUCGCUCUCGCCCACAACGCCCCAGUGGUGUUGACUGAACUGGACUGCCGCGAAACCAUGAUCCCCAUUGCUGAGGAGAUGUGGCAAUCCGAUAGAUAUGCUGCCGCGCACCACCAAGCACGGGACGAAGACAGGCGACUUUCGGACAUCUUCAACUUUCUUGUGCCAUUCAGUGGGGUACUGGAGCUCAUGAUUGAUCAACAUCGAGCUGCACUGCGAACGGACCCAGCCCAACUCGACUUCUUCCAGCUCCGUUGUGCUCACCCUAAACGUCAAGCACUCGCAAAAUUCUCAGAAGCUUUCGACCAUUCUAUCAACAACCAAAGCUCUCAUCAAACAGAGCGCAAACAGCCUUGGACGGCAUAUCGCAAAUUCCUGUGCCGCGUUCCACUCGUCCUCGACGGAAUGUCCUGGGACAUGGCUCUUGCGCUCCAGGGCUGUACAGUGGGACGUUUAAACGCCCCUGCCCGGGCCAAUACGCAGUCUGCUCAUCUCAAAAACAUUCACGCCAUAUCCCAAUCGCUCCAAGAGGUAUUGACUAUCGACCCCGAUCUCAAUAUGAACCAUUUAUUCUGCGACAUCUUUCUCUUCCUCAGCGCCAGCAUUGUUCACGUCAUGCUCGCAAGCUUCAGUCGCUCUUCUCCAGCGGAACUGGUACACGCGGGAGAAAUCUUUGUUCGAGCACUAGAGUCGAGUGUGUCAACUUCUCGGAUCGAACACCAGCGCAAAAUGCGGCGGUUGCUGCUGAUGAGUUUGGCUGUGGCCAAGGGGUCAAAAGAGGUUUCGCAAGUGGAUUUGGAUCUACAGCAGCAGAUUAUUACGACCUAUCGAUGGUCAGCCGGCGGAUAUGGCGUGGGUGGUUGAGCCCUGUGUGGGUGUGAGGAACAAUGACAUGGACCACUCUUGGGAUUGCUUGUAGUAUGGCUCACAGCAAGGUCUGUAGAGUCAUCAUCCCUCAGCCUGGAGUACAGUGUCGUACUUGUGAGGAGAAUUUUCAUGGCAUCGCGAUUCAAGUACGCGGGCUGAAGUGACAGCUGAGGUCGAAGCAGAUUCAGUGCAAUGCACACUUUGAUGCGCGCCUGGAGUGCUAUGGCAGGCGCUUCGGCAGCAAAUGUUACAAAGGCAACAACAUCCUCGAAUUCCUAAAUAUCUGCGAUUUCAGCGCAACGCGACAUGACA